AUGCCAGACCCACCCGCCAUCCCUGGCUUUACUUGGGACCCAGAUCGCAAAAAGUACUUUCGUACAGUUAACGGGGCACUCCAGGGGUCGACACAAAAAUAUCACAAUAACUCGGUCCAGUCCCAGAAGCGGAAACAACGUGCACUCGAUACCUGUCGCAAGGAUGAUCCAACCAAAACCGAUAUCCAACAAGCACCCUGGUCGGCGUCACUUUGUCAGUUGAUGUUGGGGAGACUACAAGGGUUCAAAGGUGUUCAGUUCAAUUUGCUUCAAAGCAUCAAAUUGAAUGCCUACACUACCUGCGUGAAGCAAUAUCCCCAAGGUCAAUGGUUGUGUAGUUGGUCACCUGAUUAUAAAGUCAUUUACGCCGAGUCCUCACAGGUAAAUGUUCCAGGCCAUUUGCUUAUAGAUGAUCAGGAAGUUCACAAUGCAAAACUUAAUGAAUAUUUGGCCCGGAAGCAAGCUGUGGGUGUUACAAAUCAUGAGCUCGAGGUUGAAGUGCUUCCCCUGAUUCCUAUAAUAGAGGAUAACUGGAUCUGGUGGUGUGUUCCCGUGUCAUUCCACGGAGACUUGUCCUAUUUUCCCAUGAUUUUCCAUCGUCAAGUGGAUCUUACCGAAUCGCUUUUGCGAGCCGUGUGCCAAAUAGCAGCAAAAUACCCUCGUCACUCAAAGAUGCUUUCCUCUCUAUUUGGUUUAGAUCGAACGGUGCUUUCUGCAUCGACCAACAUCCCCGAAAUUGUCACCCGCAUCAACUUUUUGUUAAAAGUGACACAUGGGAAAGGAAACGUUGAGAUGUUCCAACUCAUGCGUCAGCUCGACCCCGGUGAUGGAUACUGGUAUGCUGAUCCAUUGACUUCAAUAAGAAAAAGGUGCAAUCUUGGCAAUGUCAAAGUUCACAUCUGUCGCCAUCAUCUCAUCGUUCAUUGUAGCAUGGGUGGAUUGUCUAUUCCUUUACGCGAAGCCCAAUUUAAUGUUGAUGGUGCUGAAGUCUGGUCUGCAAAAUCUCAAGUUGUGGGCAUAGGAUGCAAUCAGGGGAGACCUUUCUUUGUAACAAAGUUCGGCAAACUUGAGCCCGGCCCCCAGUUGUCGGCUAAUCUAGUGAGGGUAUGGUCGUUUGCAAGAUGGAACAUUGUCGAGACAAAUACCCAUCAAUUGCUCCGAGUCAACGAUGAUGGCUCGGUGGUUGACUUGGGGCCUAAUCUUUAUGACAAUAACCCUUACUUGCAACUUGCAAAUGUUGGAAAUUAUCUUGUGAUUGGAGGCAAGGAUUCUUUCACGGUCAUUGACGUGACGAGUGGUGCACGGGCCUCCGGUACGCUUCCCGAAACCCCAAUGCCUUUGAAAAGACUCAUUCCUUUGUCAAACGGGCUGGUCAUCUUUAGUUAUCCAGGAUGUACAACGGUGGUGAAAACAUGA